UGUAAAUGAGGCAUCUACAGCAUACUCCAGGACCCCAGUGUCAACACAUGAAACUCAACCAUCUGAAUCAUGGAAAACCGUGUCCACUCUGGAAUCUACAACUUCCCAAAGGAGCCCAAUUUCAACACAUUCAACUCCAGCAACAGAGCCCACCAACACAAUAUUUACUCACAAGUCUACAACCUUCUCAGGGAGCUCAAUGUUCACAGAUACAGCUAUUCCUCCUGACACCUCACUCACGACAGCACAGACCGGGACACACACAACCUCCCAGAGAAGCAUGAUUUCAACAACAGCAACUCAAACAACUGAGCCAUCUCAAACAACAACCUUCACUCAGGAUUCGACAAACUUGCCAAGCAGUUCAGUUUCCACAGAAACCACUGAUUCGACAAACUUGCCAAGCAGUUCAGUUUCCACAGAAACCACUGUACCUCCUGAUGUCACCCACACCUCAGCCCUGACUGAGGCUUCUACAACAUCCCUAAGAAGUCCAACAUUGACACAGACAGACCGAGGCCUACACAACCACCUUGAACAGCUUGAUUUCUACACAAGCAACUGA